AUGGCGUCUGUUGGUGCCCUUAAAAAUGCCCAGUCUAAUGUAUUGCGAACAUCUGGGCGUCUGGCAGAAAAUUAUGCUGAAGAUGGGUCUCAGUCACUUUCACCCACAGAUGAGGCAAGUUCAACGGACUCUGAAGAUGGACCUGUCAGAAAAAGGCCUCGACUUCAAGCACAAAGAAAAUUCGCCCAAUCCCAGCCCAGUUCUCCCAGCACAACUCCAGUGAAGACUGCUGAGCCAAUGUUACCACCUCCAAAAACACAGAUAUCUGACCUCACGAAGCGGAAACCCAAGACCGAAGAUUUCCUCACAUUUCUAUGCCUUAGAGGUUCCCCAGCCCUGCCUAGCAAUAUGAUGUAUUUUGGAAGUUCUCAGGACGAAGAGGAAGAGGAGGCAGAGGAUGAAGAAGAAGAAAAUGAAGAUCCCAAAAAGGUCAUUGGCAGUGCUUCAAAUUCAUGUAAUUCAACCCCCAGGAAAGGAAAACCACAAGGCAAGCAUGUUCUCAAUGGGAGCGUUUAUAGUGGGUCCAACAAACUGUCAAAAGAGAGAGAGACAGCUCAAAAACACAAAAGCAAAGAAGUGACACCAGGGAAGGAGAGACUCAGUGAGCAGAAGACCGACGGUCGUCGGGAUCAGGCUGGCACAACUGCUGCUGCUAACAAUGCCACUUCACAUACAGCCCCUUCAGCAAGAACACCUGUUGCUCCCAGUCAUACUGUAAGCAAAUCUGCUCAGGACCUCCGAAAACAGGUUACAAAAUUAAACGGAGUAACUCGGAUGUCAUCCCCUGGUGCACACUUAAGCAGUGCCAAAAAGAUAAGAGAGGUCAGACCUUCACCGUCCAAACCUGUGAAGUACACAGCCACAGUGACUAAGGGAACAGUCACAUACACCAAAGCCAAGAGAGAACUGGUCAAGGAAACCAAACCGAAUCAUGGUAGAUCCGGUGCAGCUGUUAACCACAUAAUCUCAGGGAAACCAGAAAGUAGCAAUGCAAAAACACGGAAACAGGUGCUAUCUAGUGGAGUAUCCAGGUCAAACUGUGCUCUCACCAACUGUGUCAGGACAGGUGACAAGCUGAAUGGAAGGGUAUGCACUAAAGUGGAGGUGAGACAGGUAAGGGAAGGACUGCGCAAAUCAAAAAGGAGGUUGGAGGAGGCCAGUCAAAAUGAAAACACACAGUUGCCCCCCAAGAAAAUAAAAGUAGUUGUAAACUCUCCUGAAACAAGAAGCAAAAGAGCCAGUGCAGCAGAUAAGCCUCCACCCGAUGAACAAGUUAAACAGGAAAUACCUGAGAAAUGCUCUGAGCGUCAGAGGCUGAGGAGGGUUUCUUUAGGAAAGACUGCACUAGGCAAAGAAGCACACAACAGAACAGUUAAUGCCACCAGUGACAAUUGUUCUACCUCAGCUAUGGAGUCUUCGCACAAACCACAUGACUGUGCAGUAAAGCAUGAAAGGAUUUGCAAGUCAGGCUGGUCAUUAGUAGGAGAAGUUCCAGUACUCCGGCCCACAGUAAAAGAGUUUCACGAUCCACUUUUGUAUGUGGAAUUAGUCCAACCUCAGGUGGAGAAAUAUGGGAUGUGCCGAGUGGUACCUCCCCAAGACUGGAGGCCGGAGUGCAAAUUGAAUGAUGAAAUGCGGUUCAUGACUCAAAUUCAGCACAUACACAAAUUGGGCAGGCGUUGGGGUCCCAAUGUGCAACGACUGGCUUGCAUUAAGAAGCACCUCAAAUCUCAGGGUAUUACCUUGGAAGAGUUGCCACUCAUAGGGGGUUGUGAGCUGGAUUUGGCCUAUUUUUUCCAACUCAUCAAUGAAAUGGGUGGCAUGCAGCAGGUGACUGACCUCAAGAAAUGGAACAAAUUGGCUGACAUGCUACGGAUUCCCAAGACUGCACAGGACAGGCUGGCCAAGUUACAGGAAGCUUACUGCCAGUAUUUGCUCUCUUAUGACUCCCUCUCCUCAGAGGAACAACUGAAACUGGAGAAGGAGGUUCUCUUAGAGAAGGAUACUUUAGAAAAGAGGAAGGGCCCACUGGAGGGACAUUCUGAGAAUGCCCAUAAAUAUCAGUGUUUGCCCCGCUAUGAACCCAAAAAUGGACUUAUUAAUGGAGUGGUGCACAAGAAUGGCUUCCGUAACAAACUUAAAGAAAUAGAGACUCAGCUUAAAACAGGAAGGCGGCGGCUGUUUCCUCAGGAAAAAGACGAGCCAGAAGAGGAGAAUGGCACACUUUCAGACUUGCACAGAUGUGUCCAUAAGCCUUAUAGAAAGCUGGUGGCCCCUGCUUGUGAUCUUAAUUUUGGGUUAGAGAAGCUAAAACUUGCUCCCUUUGAACCAGCUAAUCUGACUGACUUGAUGUUUUUAACAUGGAAAACCAGUUUACUGGAAUCUGAGCUGCAAGCUCUUAUGGUAGCCUUUCCUCUUCCUUUUAAUACUGUUCUCGGCAUCAUUGUGUCAGGGAGCACAUAUUCACAUCCUUUAUCCUGUCCUCAUAUGACUUGUGAUGCAGUUCCUCUGCCAUCUUUGUUGCCCUCCUCUGAAACUUCUCCAACCUGUUUCUCUCCUUUUGUAGGAGUGACUAUUCCUUGGUUAAAUAUUGGCAUGGUUUUUUCUACCUCAUGUUGGUCUAGAGACCAGAAUCACCUUCCAUACAUUGACUACUUACACACUGGUGCUGAUUGCAUUUGGUAUUGUAUUCCUGCUGAGGAAGAAAACAAACUUGAUAAAGUGGUGCAUACCCUGCUGCAAGCCAAUGGCACUCCAGGGCUGGAAAUGCUUGAAAGUAAUAUAAUGAUCUCUCCAGAGGUGCUAUGUAAGGAAGGGAUCAAGGUAUAUCGUACUGUGCAGAAGAGUGGGCAGUUUGUUGUCUGUCUUCCGGGAGCCUUCGUGUCUAAAGUAUGCUGUGGCUACAGUGUUUCUGAAACUGUGCACUUUGCUACCACCCAUUGGACAAGUAUGGGCUAUGAAGCUGCUAAGGAAAUGAAGCGUCGACGAAUAGCCAAGCCUUUUUCAAUGGAAAAAUUGCUUUAUCAAAUAGGGACAGCAGAGACAAAACGGGAGAAUGGACAGACCUUGGGGGCAAUCUGUUCACUACUUCAAGAACUCAGGAAUACAGAGCUGAGGCAGCGAAAACAGUUGUUUGAUGCGGGUCUCCACUCCUCGGCACGGUAUGGUAGCCAUGAUAACAACCAGACUGUUGCAGAUGGAAAGAAAAAGCCUCGAAAAUGGCUGCCAAUAGAAACAUCUGAAAGAAGAUGCCAGAUUUGCCAGCACCUUUGUUACCUUUCUAUGGUUGUACAGGAGAAUGAAAAUGUGGUGUUUUGCCUGGAAUGUGCUUUCCACUAUGUGGAAAAACAGAAGUCCUGUCGAGGACUAAAAUUGAUGUAUCGCUAUGAUGAGGAACAAAUAAACAGUUUAGUGAAUCAGAUCUGUGGGAAAAUGUUGGGUAAAAGUGGCAAUGAUGACAGUAUCAGCAAGUCUAUGCCAAAACGAAGACCCCGAAAGCGAGCAACAAUUGAUGUGACGACAUCCAGGCUUUCAUCCUCCAACUCCUCAAGAAGUGCUUCAACUUUGUCAUGAAGAUGCCAUCACUUAAUUGUUCCAAUUUUUUAAUUAUAUCAUAGUUUGGAAUACUUGCUCUAGAAUGCAAGCUGUCUUUGCACUAGCUCUGAAGAAGAAUAUUCUUCUUUUUUUUAUAGAGAAGUAAUGUUUUAGCAUUAAACUGUUGAACUUUUUUUAGGAUAGGUACUGCAUUCACAGUGUGAUGCAGUAUGUUCACUGUUUUAAAAAAAAGCCAGAGGGCAAGACAUAAUAAUGUAGCCCUGAUGGCUUAAAGAAGCCUUGUUUUGUAACUGUGAAAAGGUGGUCUGUUUUAUAACCCCCUUUUUUGAAUUAGGUUGAAGUUUUGAGUGUUGCUUGUGUUUUGUUUUUUUUUUUUGUUUUGUUUUUUUUUUCCAGUCAUGCGAGCAGCUUUUUUGGGGGGGAGAGAACAGGAAGUGAAACUUGAAAGAAACUGCUUAAAUUGGCUGUGUAUUUUUAUUCUGUCAUGUGCAGGAUAUGGAGUUCAUGUUUUGGUGGAGCUGAGAGUUUAAAAAAAUGUACAGUAAAUUGGAGGUUAUGGCAGCUGAAGGUGGCUUGGUUUGCUUAGCAUAGGUAGGAUGUUUAAACUUAAUAUGUUCUCCUUACCAGCACAUCACUAUGCAUCUGUUAAAAAGUAAGUUAAAAAGAAAAUUAAAAAUAAGAGAAGACUGCCUGCUUUGGAGGAGGAGUCAUGUAAUGAAAACUGUGCCUGAUUUCAUUAUGAAAUCCAUUAUAUUUUAUUUGGUGCUGUUGGCUAUUUUAUUGGGGGGGGUCCUACAAUAUCAUCCUUUAACAACAGUGAAGCAUUAUGUGCUUCAUCCAUUUAGAUGUGCAAUCUUUUCUAACAUUCCAUUCUCAUUCCACUGUUUGUUUGUUUAUUUUGGCUUUUGUAUGUAUUACACCUUUACUUACACGAUCAGCAUUAAUUGUUUGGGUUGAAAUUUGGUCCAUUUUGAGAUCACCUGUAGAGCCACUAGAAAAUCAACAUUCUUUUUGUUUGAAUGUGAAGAUACAUUUCCUGUCACUGUUUCUUUCUUUUUUUGUGUGUGUAUAAGUGUAAUUAAAUAAAAUACCCCGCAACUUUUGUAUAUAUGCCUGUAAAUUGUUUUAAAUACUUGAGCAUUUUUGGAAGGGAAAGGGAGGGGGUAAGAGAGCAAGAGAAAGAAAGAUGAAGAAAAGCCUUAUAUUACAGUUUCUUCAUCAUUUUUGGAUUGGAUGCUUACAGGGUUUUCUCUUGUAACAUUAAAUAAGUGCUGCUUACAUCACUGAACAAAAAUGGAGUAGCUUUUGCCCCUUUCAGAGUAUGGAGAUUGUAACAAAAGGGAUGUCUUUGCAACUGUUUUGGUUUUCAAUAAUUCAAAAAAAAGAAAAAAAAUAGUAGCUACCCAUAUUGCACUGAGCUUACCAGUGGUGACUGUCAGGAAAGCCCUAUAAAUCCAGUUUGUUGGUUGUUGUCAUUGCAAAAGACUGAACUGUUGGAAUAUUUAACAAUAACAUAAACAGAGUUGUGUUUUCAAAUGUGGUUGUCCAGUUUUUAUGGCCUUGCUAUGUAUUUUUUUCAACAGUAAACCUUUUUGACUAUUGCUUACAGUUCUACAUUUAAUUUAUUAGCACUGCUCUGCACCCUUUCCUUGCAAGGAAAGACCAUGUUGUUUAUUGCCAGUUUUUUUUUUUGUUUAAUUUUCAGGUUUGUACUUAAGGUUUAAUAAAAACUUUUGGACAGUUUAAUUUUUGUUUUGUCUCCUUUUGUGUAAACCUGCUAUUUUGAUGGUUGCUGCGUUUUGCAAGUAACGGAUUGUCUGAACACAGAAAAAGCAAAUAAAAUCAGACAUGAGUAA